UCGUAAUUACCAUCUAAGCUCCGUAUAUCUGGGCCUCCGGCUCUAUUGCGCGGUCGACGAACAGCGAAAGAUGGGGAUGGAGGCAAAUUCAGCUGGGCAGACACCUACAGAGACGACGCCAGAGCACGUAGACGCCUUGCUUGAAGCUGCUAGAUACGAUGAUCUUGACGACCUCGUUAGUUUAGCUUCUGUUGGUGUUCCCCUUGAUUCCAGGGACUCGCUCGGCCGAACAGCACUUCAUAUGGCUGCAGCUAAUGGACAUCUUAACAUCAUAGAAUAUCUUAUCGGCAGAGGAGUGGAUCUUAAUGCUUUUAAUGAGGAGAAGAAUACACCUCUUCAUUGGGCUUGCCUCAAUGGCCAUCUGGAGGUGGUUAAGAAACUGAUAUUGGCAGGAGCAAAUGUGAGUGUAUUAAACAGCUAUGAGAAGACUCCAAUGGAUGAGGCCGCAAGUAGGGGUAAAAUGGACAUCAUUGAUGCUAUUAAUGAAGCAGUGGCACAAGUUGAACUUACUGGUAUCAGGGUUUCCUAAUGCAGGACUUUCCCAAUAGAAGUCAAACUUAUGAAAGAUUUACUGCUGUUUUCUUUUUGUUAGAACAAAAAAAAAAAAAGUGUGCCGUGAAAAUUUUGAGGAUAGCUGUUGAGUCUCUUCUGGCUUUUUUUCAUAACCGAGUGUUACUGAUUUUAGUCAUCUUACACUAUAAUAUACGAGCUUUGAUACCGACGGAGGAAUUAUAACUUGUUUCUUUUUA